UCCAUCCACGGGGUGGCAGUACAACUUCCGGGUUGUGGACCAGCUAGCACAGAAGAAGAAAAGCACCACCUGCUUCAAAUUGCGAUAACCAAUCAGAUUAAAGGAACUCUGGUAACGGCGCAGUUUCAAAUCUUGAGCGUUGUAGGAGCACGUAGCUUAUCUUUCGCAUCGGAAAGCUAGAAUGGAAGCUAACCCGUCCAGGUUUCUUAUUGGACUGUCUGUCCAAAUCAGUCGCAGUGAUGGUCGGGUUCAUUCAGCCACUGUAAAAUCCACGGACGCUGCGAAAUCCACGGCUAUGGUGGAGUGGUACGAGAGGAAUGUAUGCCGAGGAAAAGAGAUUGAAAUAAGUGAAAUAUGUGCGCUUAAUCCAGACCUUGUCUACAAAGUCAGUACCGCCAACAAAGAAGCUGCUGAGCCUCCCACUGCUGCUAUUGAAAAAAAGUAUGAACGACAGCUUCGAUCCUCAAGGAUUCCUGCCCCACCCUCCUCUACUGAAACAACGAGCUUGAAACCCAAAGAGUCAGGUCAGCAUAUUCCUUUGUUGGAAGCAGAUGAACAAAAAUGUCAAAUUGCUGGUUUUGCCACUCGAUCCCAGGCAAGACAGACGUGUCUUUUCCAGCCCCCGACACCUGGACUUGCACCCAGCACAACCGUCAGGUCUUCCUCAGCUCAUCCUGAGAUGAGUUAUCCGGAUCUAAAACCACCAACCACACUUAAAACGUCUGUAAUUCCUAAAAACCACCGCAAAGAGAAUGAUGCCAAACCGUCGCCAUUGCUGCCUUUUCUACAAGAGUCGAAGAAGGAAAAUGAACCAGAGGAGAUGCCUCCGCCUUCAGCCAAAGGCAGAAGAAAAUCUGUGGCUCCCAAGGAGUUCAAUAAAGGCAGCAAAAGGCAGUCGUGUGUUGUAAAGCCUUCUGAAGUGCAAACAAAGAAGGGAAAGUUCGGAGAGCCGUCUCGGCCAAAUCAGAAAUUCUUUGAUAUGAUCCAAGAUUUCAGAGAAACAUUGGAAAUAACUCCUUUAUCAUCAACGGACUUGCUUGAGGCUCACAGAAUUUGUGUGUGCGUUCGCAAACGGCCCCUAAACAAGCAAGAGCUAAUGAAGAAGGAGAUAGAUGUCGUGUCUGUUCCUGGAAAUGGGACACUACUGGUCCACGAACCAAAACAAAAAGUGGAUCUCACAAAGUACUUGGACAACCAAGUCUUCCACUUUGACUAUUCCUUUGAUGAUGGUGCCACCAACGAGCUCGUCUACAAGUUUACUGCCAAACCUUUGGUGCAGUCCAUCUUUGAAGGUGGCAUGGCUACUUGCUUUGCUUAUGGCCAGACAGGAAGCGGAAAGACCCAUACAAUGGGCGGGGAUUUCACAGGGAAGCAGCAGAACGCCUCCAAAGGAAUAUACGCUCUUGCAGCCCAAGACGUUUUCGCCUAUCUGAACCACAGGAAGUUUGCUCAUCUGGAUUUGUCGGUCUAUGUCAGUUUCUUUGAGAUCUACAAUGGAAAAGUGUAUGACUUGCUGAACAAAAAGACCAAACUGCGGGUUUUGGAGGAUGAGCGUCAGCAGGUUCAGGUGGUUGGACUGGAGGAGGUUUGUGUGUCGGCAACAGAAGAUGUCAUCAAGAUUUUACAGACGGGGAGUGCUUGCAGAACGUCAGGACAAACUUCAGCCAACGCCAACUCCUCGCGCUCCCACGCCGUCCUCCAGAUUGUGCUGCGGCGUAACGACCGUGCUACAACUCUGCACGGCAAAUUCUCAUUGGUUGAUCUUGCUGGCAACGAGCGUGGCACAGAUGUCAACAGCUAUGACCGCAGCACUCUGGUGGAAACUGCUGAAAUCAACCGCAGCCUUCUCGCCCUCAAGGAGUGCAUUCGUUCACUGGGGAUGAACAGUGAUCACAUUCCUUUCAGGAUGAGCACUUUAACCAAAGUGCUGAGGGAUUCCUUCAUUGGGGAGAAGUCCAGAACCUGCAUGAUUGCCAUGGUGUCUCCGGGGAUGGCUUCCUGCGAUUACACCAUGAAUACGCUACGUUAUGCUGACAGAGUGAAGGAGCUGAAAGGCAAUUCCAAAAGCAAUGAUGCACCUAAGACACAUGAGUCUUUUAACAGUUCCUCAGAGGAGGAACUUCCUUUAGACACCAACAUGUAUGACGCCAUUUCCAAGGUGACCGAGUUGGAGGAGAAAGUCUAUGCUGAGCUCAAGAGGGGAACUGAUUUUAUCAAAGAAAUGGAUCAAAUCUCAUACAACAUUGAGUUGGGACUUCCAGACUUGUUGGAUUAUUCUCAGAAGUUAAUGGAGACCAUUCUGGCUGUAAAGUCUGCUGUGGAUGAGGAGCAGAUGGCACGACUCAACUGCUGAAACUAUCAGAACAGACUAAACCUGAGUUAUUAAAAGACAGCAUUUAUUAUUGUUUUAUUGUUUUAAUAAAGUAUAACGAUUUUAGGAAAUG